AUGCAGUCCGCUAGAGUUGGAGCCCUCGCCGUCACUGUCUUUUACAUGGUGCUCCUGGCCUGUAAGCUGCAGUUUCCUCUCUUCCUCAUGUUCUUCCUCUUCUUUCCCUUCGUUUCCGUCCCUCUCUUGUUCUGAACUCCUAUUUUUGGGAAGUUCCGGAGUGAAGUGCGGUAAGAACUUCGUCUUCUCUUGCCUGAGUCUGACGGAUUUGUGGGUUACGUUCGGUCUGCGUAGGUGGGGAGUGGGUGGAUUACCCAUCUGGGGUUCGGUGCUGCAGCGAUAUUCCGGUGGAGCGGUGCGACCCGUCGUGCCGUGACGCCAACGCCGCCUGCCGUGAUGUGUGCCACUACGGCGGAUGCCGGAAGGGCGGACAGUGCGAGGACGGCGCGCUCGGCAUCGGCCGCUAUUGCCACUGCAACUGCUGA